AUGAAGCACAAGAGUGUGUUGGGACAACAAUGCUUCAACUGUACCACGUUCAUCAAGAAGAGAGUGGAUAAUGGACCUGUUCAGCAACUUGUUGCAAUGUUUGGUGCUUUAGUUGCUCAGGGUGAAGAAGCCGUUGCACCUUUGGAGAUUCUUAUUUCCAGUAUCUCCUCAGACUUGCUAGCUGAGGUGGUAAUGGCUAAUAUGUGUAACCUACCUCCAAAUAAUCCAAGUGCUGAAGGAGAUGAUGAACCACUGCAUGACAUUAGUAUAACUGGUUCUGAUGGCAAGGCUAAAUAUCCAUCAUCAUUUGUAGAUUGCGUAAUGUCGCUUUCUAGUACAUUCCCAUCAAUAACUGUACUUCUUGACGCUAAUCAAUCAAUAUCCAAUGAGAAAUCUCAAGGGGGAAGAAGAAAUUUCUGCAACUGGAGUGGAUAA